UUACGUGACAACGCUAAUACGCACCGGCGACGACAUGAAACCUGGAUACGAAACAGUGUAUUCAUCAAAUAGCCCAGCCACAUUGGCCGAUAGGUUUACAGAUCUGUACAAGGCCGAAUGGAAGUCUGCACAUGACGAAUUAGCUCAUGUACUUGGGGACAAGCAGGCAGUCAGACAUCUUCUAUGGAUUGUAGCAAAAUCGUCUAUAAUUUGCGCUAGCCUAGCAACACAGCAGAUUCAAGAUAUAGAAACCUCGGUGACGGGUGUAAUGGUAUCAAGAGAUCCCUUGAAUAAGAAGUCAUUAUUUGACGACGCUCUAGCUAAAUCAAACGAAGAAAUAGUUUCAAAAACUCGAGGGAUGCUUAUAGACUAUCGACGGGAAUUGGCGAAGUUAUCUGUUCCAAUGUUACAAAAGGAAAUACGCCGUGCAAUCGCAGCUGAACUGGGAACAUCUCUUCCUCGACGAUUUACUGGCAUUGGAAACCAUUUCACAUCCUAUGCCGAGAAAUGCAUCGCAAUAGUCUGGCUGAUGUACGUGCAUGAUCCUCCUAUGCAUUUAGAAUGGUUGACAAGGGAUCAGGAAGGCACCGACUUCAAAGUGGACCUUUACUUGCCCUACACAAGACCUGGAACGUUGUUUGAUUAUUGUGUAUGGCCUGUGGUCAGGCUGCACCGGAAUGGGCCCAUUCUUUGUAAAGGUGUUGCUCAAGGGAGAUGAUGACUUUUAUAAAAUUGAAAUCUGUGUUUCAAAACCAUUCACUUAACAUAAGACCACUCCUAAUGGGUGUUUCGAUCGACGGAUUUGUUUGAUUGAUUAAUAGUGUUACAAUAUUUAGAAAUAAAUGAUGAAUUGAUUGUGCAAAAAGGCAAAAGUUUGAAUAUAAUAUGUUAUAUGAUGUUUUAUGAUAUUGCUUUGCAACAUAAUAGAAAAUAGAAACACAGGUCAAUUCAACAAAAUAGUAUUAUGCACCAGUCAAUUGUAACCUAACCGCCCCCCCCCAGGUCCGGGGAAUAGCGGGGACUUUGACUUUUGGUCCAGCCGACCCCGCCUAAAAUCCCCGCCCUGCGGAGACAAACAGAUGGUAAAAUCCCCGCCAAAUGCCCCCGCACCCCAAGAACCCUAGGUAUGGCCCAUUCCCAGCUAUAUUUAAGCGAAGACUAAACCACCACAUUCACCCGGCACUGCGGGGCCACCAGAAAGG